AUGUAAAAUAAAAGCAAGGCGGAAACUAAAUAAAAUACGAUUGGAUUGAAUCCUGACGGUAUUUUUGAUCUUUGUGACGAAUUCCCAGUUAAUGAUAACGAUGUUUGUUUUGAAGAAUAUUUUUGGAUAGAAAAUUAUAUUUUAUCUCCUAAUUAAAGAUAUAUUGCUAUUUUUGUGAGAAGAAAUGAAGUUAAAAUUGGAAGCCAUUCAUUAAAAGAAUAUAUCAUUUUUAUUCUAUCUUUAAUAGAUAAUGAAUAUAUCUAUUAUGGAGAAUAUAUUGAAGAAGAAUUAGAAAUCCAAGAUUAUUUUUUUUCAGCUAACUCUAAAUAUCUAAUACAACAUAAGCCUACAAAAUUAUUAUAUAUUAAAGUUUUAAGUAAGCAAAAUACAAGAGAAAAACAGAUAUCAUCUGAAAGUUUUCUAUCUAGUGAAUCUUGCGGUAAUAUAAAUUUAUUAAUUAAUAAUACAACAAUUUUAACUAUUUAAUUAGAAAAUGAUUUUUAAUAAAUAAAAUAAUUUCAAUAUGAAAUCAAAUUUUAUUAGAAGUUAUUUUCUAAUUUUGCAAUCGUAGAAUCAAAUGAUUAAACAUAUAUCAUUUACAUAUAAAAUUAAAAAAUACUGCUCAGAUGGAAUUAAUAAAGUCCUAACAACAGAUAUUUUUGGAAAUCUUUCAUUGUUUAAGGUCAAGAUUAUGCUAAUAAGCUUAGAAAUUUGCAAACUGGCAAAUUAAUAAGGAAUAUACAUCCAAAAUUAGGAUUUCGAUAAUUUUCUUAAGAUUAGUAAUCAAUAUAUUUGUUUUAAAUUGUUGAAAGACAUCCAAAAAUAAAGAAAUAAAAGGAAAAAGUCUAAAAUAUUUUCUCUAGAUUUGAUAUUUUGAAGGGAGUUAAUAAAUAACUAAAUAUCAACAUCAUUCCUUUUGAAAAUUUAUAAACUUUAAAUAAUGAAUAUUAUAUAGAUUAUGAAGAUGUCGAAGAAGUCGAAAAUGGUGCAGAUAAAAUUAAGAGAUUGAGAUACUUUCAUAUCUCUAAGUUAACUAAAUGA